AUGAUAGGGGCGAUGAUGAAGACGAAAAUUUGAUCGAUGAGAAUGACAACUUACUAAUGGAAGUUCUACCAUUUCUAGUCGAUGAUAAAAGUGAGAACUUAAUUGAUGAUAGAAGCGAUAACUUGUUAACAGGUCUUGAGGAAGAGCUUGACAAUGAGGUUAUAAAUGACUUCUUGUAUAUAGAUAACAUUUACGAUAAUGUGUAUGAUUCUGAAGAAAUUCCAGUAGACGAUGAUAUACCACAGGAUGCAUACCAUUCUAUGGCUGGAAAAGCACAUACUUUAUUAGAAGCUACAUUUAGCAUACUCAAUGUAACUGCGGAGGUCUUAAAUAAAUGGUAUACAAAGCAUGGAAUGAUACAAACUACAGCUAUAUCUCAGUUGUGUAUUGUCUGGUCUGUUGAAACUAAAGUGUUGAAAAUUGCAUUUUCAACUACCAUGAUGGAAAUUACUUACCAUAAAUUACAAGAAUCACUUAUGAGAGAACGUGAAAUGCUAAUACUAUAUUUGAUUAUAGAUCCAAACCUUUGCCUAAUAUUAUUAGACUGGUAUGUUACUGAAAAUCCACAUACAUUUAUGAGUGAACAGGAAUUCAAAGAUGAAAAUGAUAAUGAUAAACAUCCACUUUUUCAGAAUCUUUCUAAGUCAUAUUUGGAGCAUUUUGAAUUAAGAGCUGCAUUAUUGAAUAGAAAGGUGGAUUUUUAUAAUUCUAUUGCAUAUACUAUUCUUGAAGAUAAACAGGAUCCUAUUUGA